AUGGAUGUUAACGCUAAUGAUGAACAUCAUAAUCGAAAUGAGGAAUUUAUCAAAAGCAUUAUUGAUGGAGUUCCAUUUACUACUGCGGAAAAUACAAGAAUACCGCAGCAAACACCAUCUUUGGUAGAGACAUUAUUUUCGGGAACUAC